AUGAACAUCCUCACCUUCUUAACUGGGAUCCUCUCCCUCUCCCUCUCAACAUCUGCAGCUUCUAUAAACCCCCCACCAGGCUGCCCCCUCCCCACCUGGACCGUCACAAACCUCACCUGGCACAACGCCUCCCACAGCCUCGACUGCAUCCACAACCCAACCGAUAUCGCCACAAAAGGCUGCCUCUACCAAAACGCCUGGACAACCCCAAACGAAACAACCUGCUCUGCCCUCGGCGGAAGCUGGGUAAACGUCUGCUACACAGGAAUGCCAAACUACUCACCAUGGGGGUACGGACCGCCUCAAACCCUCGACAUCGAAUUCAGCAACGGCCCCACCUGCCACGACGAGUACAUCGGGUACCGCGUGCACGAUAUCGGGAACGGGGAGAGUAACUGCGGCUACGCAGACCGUGGCAUGGGGCGGAUAAUCUCCUUCUACGGCUCCUCGAACUAUGAAACAUCCACCGGGCAGAUAGAGUAUAUACUCGGAACAGGCCAUGCGCUGACUUGUGCGAACGGGAGCAGGAUUACAUAUUCCGGGAAGACGGACUUUGGUUUGAGUUGUGUGCAUGAUGAGUUCUUUAAUGCGUCUUGUACGGCGGAGCCGUUUGAGGUGCCGGUUUUAGGGUUUGAGUGGGUGGAAUAG